CACAAGCUAAUUGCCAUAGUGAGUAUUAGCAACCAUGGAACCGUCCGACUAACAACGUAAUAUUAAACAUUGUGAUAUUUCGUGUGAUCAGCGGUUGUUUGCGUUGCGGCUAUUUUUGUUAAAGUUUUUGUUGUUUAUAGCGUGGUUCCCGUUUACUAAGUUUUCUUCACACGAAUCUAAACUUCCUGCAUUUUGUUUGUGAAUCAAUAAUACACCGACAUCUACUCAAGAUGGAUUUAAGCUUGGACGAAAUAAUUAAAAGCAAACGGUCAACGUCUCGCGAUGGACAUCGUGGCGACGAAGGACAAGGCGGCUCUAGAGGUGGUGGUAUCAGACGCGAUGGUGGAGGAUUAAAUUUCCGAUCAAAUGGUGUUAUCGGCGGUGGCGAAGGCCCAAUGCGUAGAAACAGACCAAUGGCCAGGCGUUCAAAUGGAUUCAAUCCUUAUUCUUGGACUCGCGAUAUGUAUGAAGGACCUAAAAGACAACAAAUGAGGGGUGGUUUAUCUACUACCAAUAUUCAUAAAAUAAUCAUAUCAAAUUUGGAUUUUGGAGUCACAUCAAAAGAUAUACAGGAACUUUUUGAUGAAUUUGGGCCUUUAAAAACUGCUACAGUUCACUACGAUACCUCAGGUAGAUCAUUAGGAAUAGCAGAUGUUGUUUUUGAUAGUAAGAAUGCUGCAUUAAAAGCAGUUCAUCAAUAUAACAACGUUCGUUUGGAUGGACGUCCUAUGAAAAUUAAACUCGCCACAGAGUUAUCUACAGUUGCUAAUCUUGCUACACGUCCGAGUAAACCUGUUAGUCGUGGCAACACUAGAGGACGAGGUGAAGAUGCAAGAGAUGAUCGUGGUAAUAGUCGUGGCAACACCGGUGGACAAGAUGGAAGUAGUGGCAGAGGUGAUAAGAAUAAUGAAGAAAAGAUGCCAAAUAAAGAUGAACUAGAUGCAGAACUCGAUGCUUUUAUGAAAAGUAAAAUAAAAGAACAAUUAGCAAGAAAAAUUAGCAAGAAAAAUUAAAUGAUUUAUAUUGUACUUAUUUCUUUAUUUUCGAAUAUAUAUUUUUAAGUAUAAAAUGGUGUUUGACAAUUAAAACAGUGUUAUUAGUUAUUAA